AACAUCCGUGCGUUAUGACUGACAAGUCGAAAAAUCAACUAAUUCGGGGUUUUGUCAUCGCUUUCAUAACGUGAUCCGGCAUAGCGCCGAAUGAACACGGAGUUAACGUAAAAGAAAACCUGAAUAAGAAAAAGCUCUUACAUCACUCGACCUAGUGUACAUUGCCUCCUUAUCAUCUAGCGACCAGCCUUGACACUUUGUCCCAGUGCUUUCUGAGAUAAAGAUCACGAAACCUGCGGUUAACACGAAGAAAUCAGUUUAACACCGGACUCGGCCACGUACAGGUGUGCACUUGGCACAACUAGUUUGCAUCUGACUAAAGGAGAAAACGAAAGAAAGCCGUGGAUAUGGCGGUCCCCGAAAACCCCUCUUCCACCCUUUUUCUGGGAAUUCGCAUGAUGUUCUACGUCAUCACGCCAAAUGAAACUUCGUUCAAACGUGAAGAGGAGGUGCCCGAAUAUGUGCAGCAGGCAACACCUUUCUUUUUGGGAAUGCUGAUCAUUGAGACUUUAGUGAACUAUGCAAAGAGCCAACCAGGUUUCAGAAUUAACGAUGGUCUUACUUCCGUGUCUGCAGGUAUAUUUUCUAGACUUCCAAUGAUGUUAAGAAGAAGUCUUGAGGUCUCUGCAUACAUCUACGUAUGGAAUAACUACCGAAUUUGGGAAAUGCCAUGGGACUCUCCAUGGACGUGGUGGCUGACAUUUCUUGGCGUUGACUUUGCAUAUUACUGGGUUCAUCGUUUUUCUCAUGAGGUGAAUAUAAUGUGGGCAGCCCACCAAGCACAUCAUAGUUCAGAAGAUUAUAAUUUAUCAACUGCUCUGAGACAGUCAGUAAUGAAUCAGUAUUUGUCAUGGCUGUUUUACCUUCCAAUGGCCUUGGUUAUACCACCAUCUGUAUUUGCUGUUCAUACACAAUUUAACCUCAUUUACCAAUUCUGGAUACACACUGAGACUGUGGGAAACCUUGGACCUCUUGAGUUUGUUAUAAACACUCCAAGCCACCACAGGGUACAUCAUGGAAGAAAUCCGUACUGCAUUGAUAAGAAUUAUGGAGGGACCCUUAUAAUAUGGGACAGAAUUUUCGGAACAUUUGCACCAGAAAGUGAAAAAGUUGUGUAUGGUCUUACUCAUCCAAUCGACACAUUUGAUCCAUUUUGGGUCCAGUUUCACCACUAUACUCACAUUUGGAAAACGUUUUGGGCUACACCUGGCAUUUCAAACAAGCUAUCUGUCAUUUUCAAAGGACCUGGCUGGGGUCCAGGCAAACCAAGACUCGGACUUCCUGAAGAACUGCCUGAGAUAACUGGGAAAGAAGUUCCAUACAAUCCAGCAUUACCAGCCAGUAUGCAAGCAUACGCACUAAUGCAUUUUCUCCUGAUUGUAGGCAUUUACCAUGAAAUGUUUGCUUCAAAAGCUGUGCUGUCUGAGACUGUGCUUGUCCUGAAUAUUAUCUACGUAUUACUAACAUUGACAGCCAUUGGAUUUAUUUCAAAUCAAAAAUGUGGCAUGACCUUACUGGAACCUGUUAGAUGUAUUGUUUUUCUUGUUUUCCAUCGACUUGGCUAUUUAAAACUGCCCUCUCCUGUCUUAAGUCUUCCAAGUGAGGUUAUAUGUUUACUGACCGUGUGUUACUGGAUGCGGAACAUGGUAAAGAAGAUGGUACUCGGCAAGAAAAAACAUCAUUGAUAAAUGUAAUAUCUGUCUUGAAGUGCAACCUUACAUUGUGAUGCGGAAAUCUUUCACUCUUUACCUUAAUAAUGCAUUGUGUUUACAGUACAUUCCAAAUAAUCCAUCAUUUAUUUUGAGAAAGAAUUUAUAGUUGUCUGUAGUCAUUUUAGAUUAAUAAAUAUAUAUAUAUUUGUGUGUGUGUGUGU